CGUCAUCGGAGGCUCGAGUCUAUUAUUCUUUCCCCCCCUGUUAUCAGUCUGGACUGUCUGUCGCUCUUUUCGUCCUGUUCUCAAAGUUGCUGGCAAACCCUCCUUUAAUUAUACACAAGCUCGCUAAGCCUGCAGACGAGCCAAAGCUUGUCGUGCCAAGUCACCUCACGCUGCGUCUGACACACCGCCCGCUACGCAAUGUACUCAAGCUUCACCAAGACGGCGGUCUUCGCCACGCUGCUAGGCAAUGCUGCUGCUGCCAUAGAUCCCAUCGUGGCCAAGGGUCAAUAUUUCUUCUAUUCUUCAAAUGGCACACAAUUCUUCAUCAAGGGUGUAGCGUACCAACAAGGUAUCGGCCCCGGCGGUACACCAGAGGGCAACCAGGCAACAUUUAUCGACUCGCUGGCGGACACGGCAAGCUGCACUCGUGAUAUCCCAUUUCUGCAGGAGCUGGGCACCAACACGAUCCGAGUCUACGCCAUCGACCCCAAGGCCGACCACCAGGCGUGCAUGACCGCCCUUGCCGACGCGGGCAUCUACGUGAUUGCGGACCUCAGCGUGCCGGGCGAGUCGGUCGAGCGUGACAAUCCCAGCUGGAACACGGACCUGUUCGCGCGGUACCAGGGCGUGAUCGACAACCUCGGCCAGUAUCCGAACACGAUCGGCUUCUUCGCCGGCAACGAGGUCACCAACAACAAGACCAACACCGCCGCGUCUGCGUUCAUCAAGGCCGCCGUUCGUGAUUCAAAGGCUUACAUCAAGUCGAAGAACUUUGGUCGCUGGCUGGGUGUUGGCUAUGCUACCAACGACGAUGCGGAGACCAGAGAUAACCUGGCCAACUACUUCAACUGCGGUCAGGAUCAGGCCAGCGCUGUUGACUUCUGGGGGUACAACAUCUACGAGUGGUGUGGACAGAGCACGUUCCAGUCGAGUGGAUACGAGGAGCGAACCCAGGCGUUUGCAAACUACUCGGUUCCGGCCUUCUUCUCCGAGUAUGGAUGCAACAACCCCGGCGGAGGCGAGUCGAGAAUCUGGCAGGAGACUGGAGUGCUGUACAGCGACCAGAUGAACAAGGUUUGGAGCGGAGGCAUGGUCUACGAGUUCUUCCAGGAGCAGAACGACUUUGGUCUUGUUGACCUGUCCGGCACGACCGUCACGCCCCGCAAGGACUUCCAGGCCCUGGCGACCGCCAUCAAGGCCACCGCAUCCGACACAGCUAACCCCAGCAUCUCGAUGAACUCGUACACGGCGACUAACGUGCCGCGCUCGUGCCCAGCCGUGACGAAGGGCCUGUGGGAGGCGGCCGAGGCCCUCCCGCCGACGCCCAACGCGACGCUGUGCGAGAACAUGGUAGCCUCGUCUGCGUGCGUGCCCACCGAGGCGACGACAGGCGACGCCGAGAAGAUCGGGGCCCUGUUCGGCACCAUCUGCGGCAUGGACCAGAAGGCGUGCGCGGGCAUCACGUCGGACGCCGCGACGGGCAAAUAUGGCGACUUCGUCAUGUGCAACCCGGUCCAGCAGCUCACGCACGCCCUCAACCAGUACUACGCCAACCAGAAGAAGGCGAGCACGGCAUGCGACUUUGCCGGCCAGGCCAAGGUCGUCACGCCCACCGAGGCGGCCAUCACGCCCAGCUCCGGGUCCUCGUCGGGGUCGAGCGGCGGCUCUGGGUCUUCUUCUUCGUCGUCGGGCAGCGGAAGUAGCGGUUCCGGCUCGGCUUCGAGCGUGGGCCGCAUCUCCACCGCGGGGAACACCGGCCUGCUUCUGGCUGCUGUUGCAGUCAUCGCAUCGACUCUGCUAUAG